AUGGGAUCUCAGGUCUCGAGACAAAUCGAAAAACGAAAGGCGAUUCAAGCAGAAGAGAAAACUCUUUCUGAUCUAAAAAGCUUAGGAGAAAACUACCCUGGUUCUGAUUACUACCCUUCAGACAGAAAAAACUGGAUGUCAAAUCUCAACCAUCACAAACUCAAAAUCAACAUGAUUGUUUGGCCUGGAACACAUGAUUCCGCAACAAACAAAAUCGGUAUACCGGGAAUCACUCGUCCUUUCGCGCAAUGCCAAACUUUGUCCAUCUACAAUCAGCUUGUGAGAGGAACAAGAGUGUUUGACAUUCGCGUGCAAGAGAAUCAAAGAGUAUGUCACGGGAUUAUCGUGACAUACAGCAUAGACAUUGUCAUUAGAGACGUAAAAAAGUUCUUAUCAGAAACAGAAUCCGAAAUCAUAAUCCUCGAGGUUAGAACUGAGUUUGGACAUAAUGAUCCACCGGAAUUCAACAAGUACCUCGAAGAAAACUUAGGCCAGUACUUAAUUCACCAAGAUGACGCUGUUUUUGAUAAGACUAUUGCUGAAGUGCUACCAAAAAGAGUUAUAUGUGUUUGGAAGCCGAGAAAAUCGAUACAACCAAAGAUGGGUAGUAGUCUUUGGAGUGAAGGGUAUCUAAGGGAUAAUUGGAUUAACACAGAUUUGCCAUUGACAAAGUUCGAGAGUAAUAUGAAGUAUUUGAGCGAACAGGAACGUGUUGUGUCUAGAAAAUACUUCUAUAGAGUCGAGAAUACUGUUACGCCAGUUCCUGAUAACCCGAUUGUGUGUGUAAAACCAGUGACAGAACGGAUUCAUGGAUAUGCAAGACUCUUUAUUAGUCAGUGCUUUUCUAAAGGGUGUUGUGAUAGAUUGCAGAUAUUUUCUACUGAUUUUAUAGACUUGGAUUUUGUUGAUGCAUGCAUUGGACUCACCCAUGCAAGGGUUGAGGGUAAAGCAUGA